CCCUGGAAACUAACAUGCGAGUUCAGAAUUGAAAAUAAUACAACUGUAACUGUAUCCAGAAUAAUAUUCAUACAUAUUUUUCGCGUUAUUGUAUGCGCCUUUUAAGUGGUGAAUGUUGUUUCAUUUGAGAUUUGAAAUCAUUUAGAGUUUUCCCCGUGACUGGAAUACACCUUUAUUGCGGUAGAAGUGAACUAAUUUUUUAUUCCAGAUAUUUUGGAGUCUUCACUGUAUUGGAAAAUAAAGUGCUUAUUGGGAAAGUGCGUUGAACUUGGUUGCAGAGUUCACCCUACACUCCGCAAGCAUGAAAUCCGCAGAGGAAGAUGCAUACAGUUACAGCCCAAACACCAGCAUCGGCCUUCCUCUGAGCAACCCCUGCCCAUCCUCCCAAUACCACAAUCUCCAGACCAACCCUUCCUUGUCAAUAUCCAUCAGUCAGCCAUCCUCAUUCUCCCCCCAAGACGACAUGAGCCCAGUGGGCUACUUCCAGACGUCUGGUCCCCGGUCCAAUGGAGCUCCAACAUUGGAGAGUCCACGCAUUGAGAUUACAGCUUACGGCCAGUUCGCCGAAGAUGAAGUGGAGGACAACAGCGUGCCAGUGGCCAAGCGAGUCAAUUCCAUAGUGACGUUAACACUGCCAAGCGCCGAUGGUUAUCGCGACCCCAGCUGCCUUAGCCCUGCAAGCAGCGUGUCAUCGCGCAGUUGCCACUCAGAUGCAUCGUCAUACGAGUCGGGCUUCUCGUAUAACUAUGACAACUCACCCCAGAACUCGCCCUGGCAGUCUCCUUGCGUCUCACCUAAAGGUUCCUCAUCGCUGCAGUCUUGCACCCUUGGUGCUUCUCCACGACAUUCACCAUCUUGUUCUCCUCGUACAAGCAUCACUGACGAUAACUGGAUGGGCCCUCGAUGCUCGCGACCAAACUCCCCUUGUGGCAGUAAACGGAAGUACAGCUUCAACGGCAGUUCAUCGCACAAGUACCAUCCGUACUCACCAAAUCAAUCACCGGGACCGUCGCCACAAACAUCGCCCCGUCUAAGUGUGACGGAGGACACCUGGCUGCCCAACACCAACCAGUACACCAACUCCGCCAUCGUUGCCGCCAUUAAUGCCCUCACCACAGAUGGAUUAACAGAUCUUGGGGAGGGGAUCCCUUUGAAGGCCCGCAAGACCAGUCUGGAGCACAGUGCCUCAAUGAAUUUGAAAAUAGAACCAGGUGGAGGGGAGACAGGAUCCCUGGAGCUUUGCCAGGAGGACUUCUUGUCAGCACGCUUGCCCUUCAAAAAAGAGACCUACUGCAGUGGCUUCUUGGACGUACCCCAACACCCAUAUUGGUCCAAGCCAAAGCCUUACAUCAGUCCAUCUUUGCCUGCUCUUGACUGGCAGUUGCCUUCCAGUUCAGGGCCCUACAGCCUACAAAUUGAUGUCCAACCCAAAUCCCACCACCGUGCUCACUAUGAGACUGAAGGCAGCAGAGGGGCUGUGAAGGCACUUGCAGGAGGGCAUCCAGUGGUCCAGCUUCAUGGCUACAUGGAGAGCGAACCUCUGACCCUACAGCUGUUUAUUGGAACGGCAGAUGACCGCCUUCUACGGCCUCACGCCUUUUACCAGGUUCACCGUAUAACUGGGAAGACCGUGUCCACACCGAGCCACGAGGUCAUGCAGUCCAAUACCAAAGUUCUUGAGAUUCCUCUACUGCCUGAGAGCAACAUGAGGGCUAUAAUCGACUGUGCUGGAAUUCUCAAGCUGCGUAACUCAGACAUCGAACUGCGGAAGGGCGAGACAGACAUUGGACGGAAGAACACACGUGUGAGGAUGGUGUUCCGUGUCCACAUCAAUCAACCAAAUGGCAGGAUGGUGUCCUUACAGGUGGCGUCCAACCCCAUCGAGUGCUCCCAGCGCUCAGCACAGGAGCUGCCCCUCGUGGAUAAACAGAGCAUGGAAAGCUGUGCUGCCUCAGGAGGGGAACAGGUGCUUCUCAGCGGGCACAACUUCCAGCACGACUCCAAGGUGGUGUUUGUGGAGAGAGCACAAGAUGGUCAUCACAUAUGGGAAAUGGAGGCCAAAGUCAACAGAGAGUCUUCUAAAUCUGUGACUUUGCUUGUGGAAGUUCCACCAUACCGGAACCAGAGAAUAUCCAGCCUGGUUCAUGUGAAUUUCUACGUGUGCAACGGCAAACGAAAGAGAAGCCAGUACCAACGCUUCACAUACCUACCCACAAAUGUUCCAACCAUAAAAUCAGAGCCACACGAUGACUACGACCUUCCCCAGGUAUGUACACCACUCCAUCCCGCCGAGUUGGCUUUGCAUCCAAAGCCCUACUAUAGCCCACCAACAUUGACCCCCAUGAUGCCUUCAGAACUAAGGCCCUGUGUCACGGGCUCAUUCGGGACCAGCCCUCAAAGACUGCCGGCAAAGCCCACCUCCUUAUCCUGCUCCUCCUCCCCAAGCACCAGCCCCAAACUCCAAGAUCUCUGCUCACCUCACCUUUCCACUAAGUGCCUAUCAGCAGGAUCAAACCUGGGGCCCCAGUCUCCUACGGUCCCACAUGUCUCCACCAUUCAGCCCACACCCGGACGCUACCCACUGUCCAUCCUUUACCCAACAGGAAGCACUGUGUCCUCUCCAGGGUCCCAUCCUUCCACACCAAACUCAGCACCAGAACUCCCCUUCACUCCCAGCCACAGUUUGACCCAAUCACAGGCCACCAGCGAGGCCUCGGCAUUGGCUGCUCAGAUAAUCAAAACACCAUUAAGGGGAGGAUCGUCCCCCCUCCUGCAAGAAGAGGGAGCAGCCCCCACCAUGCUGGCUGUCAGCAUCAAGCAGGAACCGCAGGAACUGGAUCAAAUGUACCUAGAUGAUGUUAAUGAAAUCAUCAAGAAUGAUCUCUCCAGCAUCUCGGUGCACAGCCAUGCAUAGCAGUGGAGGGUCCCUCUGAGAAGACCACAGCAAUCAUGAACUCUUCAGCAUACUAAAUUUCUUAUAGAAGAUCCAAAUAAGCAAGAUCUGGCUCUGCAAACACAGAUUUGCAAACAAACUUUGUGUACUCAAGAUUCAUUUAACAUGUGGACAUCAGAACUUUCCUUGUUUUAUUUCCAUGGGGGACUGAAAACAAGCACAGAAAACAAGUGCACUUCGCUUUAAAAUUGAUCAGCGUGUCCUGCCAAGACAGAUUGUGUGUUGAUGUGGACCAAGCUGUCUCCCUCUUUCUUUCCUAUUUACUUUCUUGUACUCAGUGUAGCUUUUUAAAUUAUUACCAUAUAAGUGCAGUUUGACCUCUUUUGUACACCACCAUGCAUAUUUCUAAAAAGAAGAUCUGUUGAGAACAUUCAAGAUAAACUAUAAAGUCUGGAUCACAAAUCAGUAACUUUGCAGUCCAAAACCAGAUGUGACAUGCACAAUUCUAAAUUAUAACCGAAAACAUUUUGUUUUGGAUGCAUGUGUGUGUGAAUGCAGGUCUAUAUUUUUGUCAAUAUGUUUUGUAUAUUAUCAUCCAAUGGCACAGAUUAGUGUGGUUAAAUGAAGUGUUUGUUCAUCGUGAAGAAAAAAAAAAAACAUUGACAACUGAUUGCCUUGAAUUUAGAGGCCUUGACCUGUUUGUAAUCCAGAGAGGCCUUAUUGAUUUGCCUUAAUCUAAUGCAGAAUUGUCGUGUUGUUUGUUGUUUGACAGCAGAUGUCUGUCCUUACUUAUGUCUGAAUAGUCAUUCCAAUGUCUAUAGUUUUUUUUUUUUUUUUUUUUUUUUAAAUAUCAGGUAAGAUUACUUGUUAACUGGAAUUUUGAAUAGAAUUUAAAUAUAA